AAACACCACGCGAAAACUGCUUUCAAGCCCCAGCCUGCAUCUUCGGGCCGUCGCACUUGCUCUCCACUGACAACCAUCGCUUUCGUCAAGCAACCGCCUACACGUCACGUCGAGCGACAACACAAGGCAAGGCGUUUUGGAGCGCAAGGGUACAUUCCGGAGAGAGCGUGGUUACUGAAGGCCAGAUUUGAUCUCUUGUGGAGUUUCGGUUCUCCUGAACUGCUAUUGGAGAGAGGUAGCGUGUCCCACUGGGACUGACAGGCCACCAAGAUGCCAAAAUAUAAGCGACUACUGUGAUGUCUACCUUACCCAUGACUCGAUGAGCGUGCGGAAGGCUCACAAUGCCGGCCGAAAUCACUUAAGAAACGUGGUCGAAUACUAUCAGCAAAUCGGCCACGAAAAAGCCCAGUCCGUCAUUGACUCUAUCACAUCCUCUUACGCUGCAGAAGGCCAAGCUGCCGCCAAUCCCAUGCUCCAGCAACCCGGUGGACUACCUCCGCCUCCUUUUGGAUUUCCAGGUCGUCCUGGCUCAAUACCACCACCACCGUUUGGAAUGCCUGGCGCCCCAGGUGCCCCGCCACCUGGCAUGAUGCCCCCACCCCCCGGCGGCCGAGGCAUGCCCUUCCCACCACCUCCCUUCCCUGGCGCUCCACCACCCACCUCUGGCUCAGGCGAGUUCCCACCUCCACCUGCAAUGCCCGGUAUGAUUCCGCCCCCUGGCAAUCUUCCGUUCCCACCCCCACCGCCAGGCGGCUCAUUUGUUCCACCACCAAACUUCCAAUUCCCCCCACCUGGUGCACCGGGCUUCCCUCCGCCGCAAAUGGGCGGAGGUCCACCGGGUGGACCAAGUCCUGGGCCUCAGGCUCAUAGCUCACUACCAAGUAGUGCAUCCGGCUCAGCACCACCCCCUCCCGGCGGAGCGCAAGGAUAUCCACCACCACCGAGCGGUGGCCCGCCAGCUGGUCCCCCGCCGAGAUUGGGCGAGUCGAAAUAGUCUAAUUCCCAUGGCAAGUCACGAUCUUCUUUAUUUCCGUUUUCAUGUUUAUCCGCUGUUGUUUGUGUACACUGGGCAGGCUUCCUUGUUCUGUAUUUUUUUUUUUUUUUUCUAUCGGUAUCCAUUCCUCUUCUUCUCCUUUCUCCAAAACAAUCAGCUCUUAAGGUGUGUGGAUGGGAUGUAUUACAAGACUCCUUUUUCUGAGCGUUCUUUUGAAACACUCAAUAUCCGCGUAGAU